AUGCCCAGAAACAAGACGCUUCCCAAGAUCAAGAGCAAGACAGCAUCAACACACAGCAUCAACACGCCUAAGCCGACUGUGAAGUACCUGGACGUUUCAGACGCGCUAGCUACUAAGUACCCGAGGGCUACUCCCAAUGUGACCAUCAAGCCAACGAGACGAAACCCACGUGAAACGGAGCCCCCGACCCCAGCACCCACGCUUCCACCAACCCCUGCACCGACUCCGGCUCCGACCCCGCCACCAGCUCCGUGGGUGACGAAGACCAUCAACCAUGAUGAAGUGAAGCCAUUCCCACAGCCUGAGCCUGUCACGAUCUCGGAGAAGGCCGCUAUCAAGUUCAAACCGCAAAUUCGUAUUGGCUCCGGAUGCGUCCCGUACCCCGUUGUGAGCAGUAUCGGCGAGACCAGUGCGGCCUUCAGACUUCAGGAAGCCCCGAAGGAGGGUGCAGAGGCUCUGGCCACGGCUCGCACGUCUACGGGCAUCGACAACCCGGACGUCCCGGAGCCCAAGAUCCUGGGUAUUUCGGCGUCUACCCACGAUGGGUACAAGAAGUACGCCCCUCUUCAUCCUGAGAACCUGGACGGCAACAGUGUGAAGGUCAAUUACGAGAUGGACUGGCCCAUUAACCACGCGCUGGACACCACCGACAAGGCUGGCACGUUCCAGGACCUCAUCAUGUGGGAGCAGAUGACGGAAGACGCCCGCAGAGCUCUGAACGCGGUAUCUUUCAGUAAAGCCAACACGCCCAUGAACGACGGCAACUUCCGCCCGAAGCUUGACAGAGCCUGGCCGUUCUAA